AUGGUUCAAGACAACAUAUUUGCCCUCCUAACAAGGGGGGCUUCCCUCCACAAGUGCCACGCUUCCCUCGAUUCUCCCUUGCUGCAAAAACGCCAACACCGGGAACAGCAGCUGCAGCAGGCUCAGCAGCAAGAGGGAUCCCUUGCAGAAGAUGGCAGAACGAGGGGACGAGAAGCCUCUGAGAAGCAGUAUUCUGCUGAGAGCCUCCGUGCUCGGCACUCUAUUGCUGUGAAGGGCCUACCUGUUGUGCCUGCUCCCUUCCUUUCUUUUAGUGACGAGAUUCCUCUUGAAACGGGGGCAGCAGAAGCUAAAAAGAUACUCUUAGAAGGAGAUCAGCAAUCCCAAGAAGGGCCUAGGAAGCUCCCUGCUUGGCUCAUCUCCCGCCUGCAGACACUCGGCUACAAGCAGCCGACCCCCAUUCAGAUGCAGGCACUGCCGCUAAUGCUGAAAGGACACCACAUGUUGGCUUCGGCCCCGACCGGUAGCGGCAAAACCCUCGCCUUUCUGCUUCCUCUCAUUGCCUGUCUAAAGGCACCCAGCAAUGCCUUCGGCCGGUUGGUUGUCUUGUCGCCUACUCGAGAGCUGGCAAGACAGAGCCUGAGGACCUUCCAAAAGCUCACAGAUGGCACAGGUUUCAAAGCUGCGUUCCCUCAGUCGCAUCCAGGAACCCGAUACGGCGCGGCAGAUGCUGUCUUUGCAACUCCCUUGUCCCUGUUAACGUUGCUAAGGGAGAAGAGGCUGUCUCUGACGGAUUGCAACCAUCUCGUGCUCGACGAGGCAGAUCGCCUUCUUGACUCCGAGUGGGUCUCCAAAUCACUUUAA